UUUAAAUGUAUUUUUAUAUAUACAGUAUACGAUUCUUCUGGGGAAAUUACAAGGCUAAAGAUGGAUUUUGGCACGUAAUUUCUGAUUGAUGACACAUAUAGCGGAAGUGCUGUGACGUAAUGCGUCACGUGACAAACACCGACAAGUCCCACAUUUUGCAGGCAGGGUCUUCGGUGGACAUGACGCGCAGCGAGGAGGAGUCCCUGGUGGACGGGCCGCUCAUUUCAGCUGACGCCCUCCACGCCGCCAUCAGCAGAGAGUUCCGCACCGUGCCCACCGCCUGUCACGCCGUUCUGCUGUCUCUGCUACAUGUGGCUUACGUGGCCCUGUCUGUGUGCAUGGCCGUGAUGUGCGUGUUGAAGCUCGGCCAGGAGGAGGUAUGCGCCAGCAUCCUGGGCCCCGUGCGGGGUGACAGCGCGGUGGUCUUCGGCAAGGCGGUCCUGUGGGUUCUGGUUCUGGUGUUCACCUGCUGCGCCCAGCACCACCACAGCCGGACCCGCAGCAGAGGCUACCUACGUUUCUACAGAAGGACCAGCAGACUCAAGCAGCUGCCUCUCGCGGUGCACUCCACAGGGAAUGUGACGCUGUUGGUCGUCAUGGCAGCACGACUGUCAGCCACUCUGCACACCUACCUGCUGAUCAGUGUCUUGGCCUUGGAGCUACUUGUGGCGUUGCCCUGCCUCAUCUGUUACACAGUCAAAGUGAUGAUCUUCAAUGCGGAGCGAGCCCCGCCCGACGUCAGCCAGGAAGAACACUUGCACAACUUCAGUGUUGCGAGCCUGCCCAUGGAGACGGGAUUCAGAGAGGUGUCCUACCUGGAGGAGGUGGUGGAGAAGCAGGCAGACCUGAUCGAGUACCUGAAGCAGCACAACAGCUUACUGAGCAGGAGGCUGCUAAACCUCACCGCUCAGCACUGAACACCAUCAUCACCAUUCUAGACCCCCACGAAGACGAUGCGGGGGUGGGGCGGGGGUGGUCGUUGCACUGAAAAUGGCGGACAUUUUAAGAGGCGGAUCACAGGUGAGGAGGGGGGACGUCAGGGGUAGUUUAUCACCGAGAAAGCUCCUACUGCUGCCUUUUUUUAAGGAGCCUUUGAACAAAAUGUAAAUAACGCUGUCGUAGCCAAAGACCACUUUAUUGUAUAUCAAUGUGUGCGGAAAAUGCUAAUAAAUGUUUACCCCUC